GGAGGAAAGCACACCCAGUCACAUUAAAGAAGCCAAACUGUCUGCUUCAAAGAGAAAAGGCAACAUCCUGUCGCAGGCCAUGCUCUGGCAAAAAUCCACAGCUCCAGAGCAAGCUCCUGCCCCACCACGGCCAUACCAGGGUGUUCGAGUCAAGGAGCCAGUGAAGGAGCUACUGAGGAGAAAGCGUGGCCAUGCCAGCAGUGGGGCAGCUGCCCCACCUACUGCGGUGGUGCUGCCCCACCAGCCCCUGGCAACCUACAGCACAGUGGGUCCUUCCUGCCUUGAUAUGGAGGUUUCUGCUUCCACAGUGACAGAGGAGGGGACAUUGUGUGCUGGCUGGCUCUCCCAACCUGCCCCGGCCACCCUCCAGCCCUUGACUCCAUGGACACCCUACACGGAGUAUAUGUCCCACGAAGCUGUCAGCUGCCCUUACUCAGCUGACAUGUAUGUGCAGCCAGUUUGCCCCAGUUACACAGUGGUGGGGCCCUCCUCGGUGCUGACCUACGCUUCCCCGCCACUCAUUACUAAUGUCACGCCAAGAAGCACUGCUACACCUGCCGUGGGGCCCCAGCUGGAGGGUCCGGAGCACCAGGCACCCCUCACCUAUUUCCCGUGGCCUCAGCCCCUUUCCACGUUGCCUGCCUCCAGUCUGCAGUACCAACCUCCAGCCCCAGCCCUGCCUGGGCCCCAGUUUGUUCAGCUUCCCAUCUCUAUCUCAGAGCCAGUCCUUCAGGACAUGGAUGACCCCAGAAGGGCCAUCAGCUCCCUGACCAUUGACAAGCUGCUUCUGGAGGAAGAGCAAAGCAACACCUAUGAGCUCAACCACACCCUCUCUGUGGAGGGCUUUUAGGGCUGCCCUGGGGCUCACAGCCCUCUCCCUGGAAACUGAGAUUUCAGAUGAGUUCAGAAGGAGCCUAGCCACCUGUUUGAAGUGGCUCUUCCCUAGGUAUCCCUUCUGCCUAAAGCCGAGUUGUGUUCCUUCUUUCCUCCUCUCUUCCCUUCUUGUUUCCCUUGCCCCCUCCCCAGUCCACCUCCCUCCUUAUUUCUUCCUCCAGUUUUCUUUCUCUGGAGGGGUAAAUUAUAGUGGUGUUCUGAGCAGAAUCUUAUACUGAAUGUCACCAAGUCUGCAGCUCAAAGUUUCCCCUUGAUGUCCCAUCAUUAGAGAAGUGCCUCCUGUUUUCUGGUAGCAGUAGCAUUAUAGAUCUUCCUUAAGACAGCUUAGCCUGUCUGCCAUUCUGAAAUGCAUGAGAUCCCACAGGGAGACUGAAGCCACCAGCACCUCCCUGUUGAGUCAGGCAUGGACAAGACAUGUUCCCAUGACACAGUUUUGUAUUGCUCUUCUCAGCCUUGGCUAAUCUAAGCAGAUGUCUCUGGGUUGGUUGGAGGGGGUGGGACAGGACUCUCAGGGUGGGUAGGAUAGUCAGUGAGCAAUGAGAGACAGGGCUGAGGAGGAGUGGGACACAUUCAUGUGGUGUGUCUGUGGUUAGAAGGGCGCGAGGAAGGGGAGGCUGAGAAGUGAUCCAACUACCUGCAACCAACAUUGAAAAAAAAUCACUUUAACGUGGUUCAGCUGAUCUUCUCCACAGUAACUGUGAGCAGAGCUGGGGUGGCCAGCUGGAUAAUGAUGGGCCUGUUUCUGCCCUAACAGGACACCAGCCCUUAAAUUGCCUUUGUCGAGGCAUUGCCAGAGCAACAGGAAAAGACCCUGAUGCUCAACAGUGAGGAGAGGUCCCAUUUAGUCCUUCCAUGUGGGUUUUUUUUUUCAUGUCAGGAAUCAUCCAUCAGCCACCAUGAAGCAGCACCAAGGGUGCUUCGUCCAAGGACCACCCUUCUCGGGCUUCUACAGUCCUGGUACACAGGUCCAUUAGGUUUCAUUUCAGUUUUUAUUUUAUUUUUUGCUGGAGAAGCCAAGCAUUUGUUAUGGAGUGUUUUUGCUGUUUCUGGGGCACUCUGCUCCUGAGGAGGAUGUGUCUUUGGGAACUGGCAGGCUGUUUGCUAACGGUACCAUCAUUCCAUGGGCACACCUUAGUCUGUAGAUUCCACGUAGAAGCAACAGACGUUUCUGGAAAAUGACAUUUUUUUUUUGAUACUCCACUCCCUUUUUUGUUUCCAUUUUCAAGGGAAAUUCCGAGGAAGACACCUGCCAUUUUUUUUCAUGCUUUGUGUUUAUUUUGAUUCAGAUUUCUCAAUAUCUACCUAAAAUCCUGGUAUGCUUAUCCUGAAAUAUUCGUAUUACACUUUAAUAUUUAGGUAAAUGUUAGCAUGUAGAAGAUAAGUUUACACUCGCGUUGGUAGUUACCGUGAACAGGAAGCGGGGGGGGGGACGCCCCAGCCUAUUUAAUUGAGGGCCUGUUGUACAUAAAACACUAUUCAAGAUUUUCCAGCUAACUGAGGGUUUGAGAAGACACAGGAGUGGCAUCCACGGAGGAGUUAACACUGGGAAAAUGAAACAGCAAGGGAAGCAGUGUGAGCUUUUGCUAGGGUUGAAUUGGUGUCUUUCCCCUUCUUAUCUUGAGACCCCACGCCUUGGCUGCAGGCGUCCAUGCAGAUUUCCUUUCAAGUUAUUCUAUUCAUAGGCAACAUUUUCAAUAAAGAUUUG